AUGAGUCGUUUCCAAGCCCUCAAAUCUCGACCCUCUGUCGUCCCUAAUUCGUCUUCUCAUUCUUUAUCUCCACCGCAAAACUCUCAGAAAUCAACCACGUCUAGUGUGGACGAAGAUGAGCUCUUUGCCAGAUUCGUUGCUCUCAAGGGCUCUCACGGAAUUCCUGCGGAUCCCAGGUUAUUAUCUUCCUGUGAUGAUGAUGCUGCUGAGGAUGAAGAAGAUGAAGUGGAGAAGUUGAUUCAGUGGGCCAAGGAUGCCACUCGUCUCGAGCGCUCUCUUUUGUCCGACGAUGACAGAGCGACGUUGGCAGCGAGCGGAGAGCAGAGAGAGAGAGCGUCGAACGGGAGGAUGAAGAAGGGGAGGCGCUGA